GCCACACCAAGCCUGUGGAGCCAGGGGCAGGAUGACUUCACACUGACUGCAGAGAUCUUAGUGUUGCAGUAAACCAUCACAGAUCACCAUGGACUCCUCAGUGAAGGCUCAGAGGAUGAGGGUACCUGUAGCACCAUCAGCUGCACCUGAUGGAGGUUAUGGGUGGUUCAUCCUGCUUGCCUGCUUCCUGGUCUUUGGCCUAACGUUUGGCGUCAUCAAAGCUUUCGGUGUUUUCUAUGUUGAGAUCCAUCAGUACUUUGAAACCACAGCUACAGGAACAUCGUGGAUCACCUCUAUUGCUGUGGCUACCAUUCACAUCAUUGCUCCUGUAGCAUCUGCUCUGAGCACCCGUUAUAGCCAUCGCUCUGUGGUGAUAAUGGGAGGACUGAUCUGCAGCUUAGGAGUCAUGCUUGGGUCUUUUUCUCGUAACGUGAUUGAACUCUAUCUUACAGUGGGGUUCUUAAACGGUUUUGGCUAUGCACUCACGUGGACUCCCACAGUGACCAUGCUGGGCUUGUACUUUGAAAAGAGGCGUCCAGUAGCAAACGCAUUGGCCAGUGCUGGAGAGUGCAUCCUUACUUUUGUCCUAACACCCCUGUUCCAGCUGUUGAUUGACAGCUACUCCUGGAGGGGGGCUUUGCUGAUCCUGGGAGGGCUGCAGCUUAACCUGUGUGUGUGCGGGAUGCUGCUGAGGCCCCUAAAAGUCCUCAGAGAUGUGACAUGUGAGGUCAAAGCACAGGAGGAGUGCUUGUCUCUGGAAUUGCAAUCAAAAGAGGACUCUGAAGGGCCUCUGGGGAGCAGGAACUCUGAUGAUCUGGCGAUAACCGAGGCCUGUCUUGAGGACCCUGAGGAGGAGCAGACCUCAACCAUGGCAGACCCAAACAGAAGGACUAAAAGAGCUGAGCUAAGGACCAAAAUCCUUCUCUAUGUGGAUUACACCCUCAUCACCAAUCCUCGAUUUAUGGUCUACUCAAUGUUUGGGGUGUUUGCUGCUCUGGGUUUCUUUGCACCUGCUUUGUUCCUGGUUCCAUACGCUCGUAGUAAGGGGAUUGAAGAGUACCAGGCGGCUGCACUCAUGUCCAUCUCCGCAGUGUUGGACCUGUUUGGAAGAGUGUUCUUUGGCUGGGUGGCAAAUUUGAGACUGGUGGAUACAGUGCAGCAGCUGACAGCGACAGUGAUCCUGCAGGGUACCGUGCUCCUCCUCUGCCCCCUGGCUUCCUCAUACCCUGAGCUGGUUGGUUUCAGUGUAGCGUAUGGCCUGGUGUACGGUGCCACAGUCUCCAUACACAUCACCGUUCUGGCUGAGGUUGUGGGCGUCCACAGGCUGGGGAGUGCAUUGGGAUUCUUCAUGCUCAUACGCAGCAGCGGAGGCCUGCUCGGACCACCCAUUGCUGGGUUCUUCAUAGAUAAGAUGAGUGAUUACGGGACAGGUUUCCUCAUGGCAGGAGUGGCUCUCAUCGUCUCAGCUAUGUUCCUGCUCCUCCUCCAUCAGAUGAACCGCAGGGGUCAAAGGUCAACCACCAAGAACUGAAACACAUCCAGAGCUGAAACCAAAGAGCCGGACAUGAUGUGAAUGGACGAAACUUUUCAAAGAUAAAGACUUCAUAGCAGAGAGAAAGGACAGGAAUACUAAGAAACUGAUGUUUUACCCUGCCCUGUGAGAUCCUGUGUUUCAUCCAGUCCCUGAAAUGUACGUCUUCACCUCAUCCCCCUACCAAGUAAACUGCAGCUACUGAUGUCACUGAGGUGAAAUGUGUCAAUCACGUGUCUUUAUGAAGAUUUCUAUGAAAAGUUCAUUCAUUGAUUAAAAUAAAAAUAUUAAUUUCAAA